GACCAGGAUUCGAACGGUGUUCCCUGCCGUGUUUUUAGGAUUUUUUUUGUUGGGAGAUCGUUUCAUAAGUAUACGUUGGUGCCGAUAUUUCGGUGUCUCCUUUUCUCUCUCUCUCUCUCUCUCGUGUUCAAAAAACUUGUUUAUUCAGAUCAGAGGUCAAUCGCAGCCCGUUCCUUCUCGUCAGAUUUCCAUUUUUCCAACACUGCUUCGCCGUUAUAUUCAAGGAGUGGCGUCGGACGUUCCUAUCUUCUCUUGUCUAGAUCGAUCGUCUCGGAAAGCUCUGUUUUUUUUUUUGUAAGCCCAUCUGCCAGCGGACUAGCAGAGGUCAGGGAGCAUGGCGGGAGGUGGCACGGGCAUCAGAAAAUACAUGGGUGCUCUCAAGGACACCACAACAGUUAGCAUAGCAAAAGUGAACAGCGAUUACAAGGAGUUGGACAUUGCUAUUGUGAAGGCCACAAACCAUGUCGAGAAUCCAACAAAGGAGAAAUACAUAAGAGAAAUCUUCUACCAUCUGUCACCUGGAAGGCCUCGGGCGGAUGUAGCCUACUGCAUCCGCACCCUUGGUAGACGUCUUUCAAAGACACGCAACUGGGCGGUUGCUCUGAAGACAUUAAUUGUCAUACACCGUGCUCUUCUGGAAGUUGGUCCUGCUUUCCGUGAAGAGCUUAUCAGUUAUGGAAGAUCAAGCUCCCAUAUGCUCUAUCUGUCCUACUUUAAGGACGAUUCCAGUGCAGAAGCCUGGGAUUACUCUGCUUGGGUGCGCAACUAUGCUUUAUAUUUGGAGGAGAAACUUGAAUCUUUCCGUGUACUGAACUAUGAUGUUGAAAAGGAUCCAUCGAAAAUUCAGGAUCUUGAUACAAGUGGAUUGCUCAAUCAGUUGCCAGCUUUACAGCAGCUUCUUUUUCGACUACUUGGUUGCCAGCCACAAGGGGCAUCAUCUUAUAACAUCAUAAUUCAGCAUGCGCUUUCAAUGGUUGCUCUAGAGAGUGUUAGGAUCCAAACAGCCAUCAAUGAUGGGAUACUCAAUCUUGUUGACAAGUUCUUUGAGAUGAAGAGAGAUGAUGCAAUAAGGGCACUUGACAUGUAUAAAAGAGCAAUUGAACAGGCAGAACAACUUUCAGAAUUUUAUGAAGUGUGUAAAAGUAUACAUAUUGGGCGGGGUGAGAGAUUCCUAAAAAUCGAACAGCCGCCUGCAUCGUUCUUGGCAACUAUGGAGGAAUAUGUGAGCAAUGCUCCGCUUGCUUCAACAGUUCAGAGAAAUCAGGCUGUACUGGCCAUAGAGUACAACAAAAAAUCAGAAGUUGAAGAACCAUCAACGUUGCCUCCUCCCCCACCUCCAGCUCAAGAACCUGAGCCUGAGCCUGAGCCAGUUAAACAAGUCCCACCUGUGGCUGAACCAACAGAUUUACUGGGAAUCAAUGAAUCAACCCCUGACACAUCUGAAAUAGAUCAAAAGAAUGCAGCGGCCUUGGCCAUUGUUCCACAGGAUAAUGCGCUCAAAGCUGCUCCUACCAGUACUGAAAGUGUUGCCACUAGCUGGGAGCUGGCCCUAGUCACUGCACCCAGUUCAAAUGGGAAUGCUGUUACAUCAAGCAAAAUGGCCGGUGGACUGGACCUGCUUACACUUGACAGUCUAUACAAUGAGGCACACCAAAGAGCGCAGCAGAACGCAAGCUACAACCCUUGGGAGACCAAUCCAGCAUCAGGUCCAGUGAUUCAGCAGCCAAUGUACGACCCGUUCUAUGCCUCCAAUCCCAUGGCUGCAGCCCGCAGCGUUCAGAUGGCUGCCAUGGAGCAGCAGCAACAUGCCUUCAUGCUCCAGCAGCAACAGCAACAGCAGCAGCAGAUGAUGAUGAUGGCACAGCAGCAGCAACAAGCUUCUUCAAAUCCUUUCGCCAACCUAUAUAUGCACGCUGGCGCCCACCCUUACGCUGCAGGGGUGCAGCUCCAUGCAGGCAACGCAUACUCUGGAACUGGGAUGAUGUAGAGAGAGUUGCACAUAAUCUGCUAUCUGGUUUUGACAGACAGCUUCCGUUCUUUUAUUGUUUUUUUUUUCAUUUCUUUUCCAUUGUAAGAACUGUGUUAGGACUAGAACUAGAACAUACCUGAUAUAGCGUCAAGAUGGCCACAGCCGUUCAGUUUUUUCUUUUUUUCUGGUUGUUCACGAGUCAUACCAAGGAGGGUUGAUGCUUUGAUGGCUCAAUACUGCCACGUCCAAGCCCUAUGAUUGAGGAAGAAGAUGUAUUUGCCCUGAACUGCUAAACAGAUAUGCUUCUAAUGAAAUGGCUCCAUGUUUCUGCAAAAAGAAAUAUUUGCCCUCCUUUGACUUCA